AUGAUCCUAAAGAGAACACUGAAGCAGGUAAUAAUAGGGGCUGCUGCCCUGGGAUGUUUACAAAAGGCCCAUGGACUACUAUACAAGGAUGACGUGCAGAACAUAGCAAGCUAUUGGUCAGAUAGAAUAUCCCACUUUGACAAAGAGAUUACCCUACGAAAUGAAUUCUCUACAAAGUUCAGAGCUCUUAGCUCUAAAGAGGCAUUUAACAUGGACGCAUCUAUGGAGCGUCACAUAGAGACAGAAAAGACAAGUAUGGAUGCUAUAAUGGAAGAGUUUGAAUCUUUUAAAGAAGAAGCCAACAAUCUUAUAGACAUAACAAAAUCGCUAGACUCAUACAACCGGAGUAAUGAUGAUUUUUUUGAUACUGAGAAAAAUAAAGAAGUCACACUUGUCAUGCUUGAUAAUUUAGAUGCACUGAAGAGGCUAGUUGUCCCAGCUCUUAAUAAAAACACUUCAUUAACCGAGAAAAUAAACAAGUACGAUUCAUAUAUGGUAAAAGUAAUAGAAAAAUGUGCUGAAGAGGAGGACACAAAUAAUACGCUGCAAAACAAAACACUAUUUAAACUGGCAAAGAACAAUAAGAUUGUAGCUGCAGAUGUAAUCUAUAUGCUCUACCUGUUGGAUCUAUCUAAGCUGCAGGGCAGUGCUCUAGACAAUGAGCUAAUAGAAUCGGUCUAUGCAAAAAUAAUAUCGCAUGGUAUUUCAAGAAGUAAUGUAGAACUUUUCAUAGCUGCUAUUAAAAGGGAUGUAACGGAAGGAAACAUCAACGUGUUUGUGUCAGGAGACAUGCACUUUCAUCUACUCUUUGGGGUAUACAGUUCUGUGAACACUUCUAAAUCCUCUCUGGUGGAUGAGAAGACAAUGGAUAUAUAUCUUAGCUUACUCAAAGAAAAUAUUUCAGAAGAAGAAGUAAAAGAGCACAAAGAAAUAGCACCUGUGCAGGUUAUGAAAGUGAUAGUCGUAGAGUAUCUGAUAGGCGGGCAUCUUAUGGACCACAAAAGCAACACCCUAUUCCGCAAUCUAGGAAAGAUUGUAGAGAAUGUGUUCAAUCCAGCCAACUACAAUAGCACUGAUAUCCAUGAAGGCUUAAGAAUGGGAAGAGAAAAACAGGAUGAAAUACUUGAUAUUCUAUCUUAUAUAUGGUGUGUAUACGAUGAGGAUAGAUGUGUAAGCCAGCAAGCUUACGACUUAUACAAAGAAAUAGGCAUUGGAUACUCUGAAUUUAAAGAAAUAAAAACUAGUUUUGCAUCUACUAAAUGGAUGUACCAGGGAGUUGCAGCUCCACUGGCUGGCUCAGACGAACAAUGCCCAAACAUCUCGGCAGUACAGUUUGACAUCUCAUACACAAAUCCUCUGUGGUAUGUGUGCAGGCGCUGCAAGCACAUCAAACGCCCAGAUAACAAUAAGAAUAUUAAUUUCAAGCUAAUUGAUGAAUACGAAAAUGGACAAAUUUCAUUUUAUUCAUAUAAAAUAUAUGACACCGAGAACGAAUUAAUAUGGGCAAAGUAUAUGGAAGGCUGCAUUAAAGCAUGUUCUUCAAGUAUUCUGAUAACCUCCAAACCAGAUGAAGAUGAAAGCAAGGUAUACUUUAACAUACUUAGUGGCUUUUAUAAGUAUUUGAAAAUAUAA